GGCGCCGAGACCAUUCAGAAACUUGAAAACAGGACGGUGUUUCUGGUGAUCCCCGCCAGGAAACCGCAAGUUUGCCUUCUGCACGUAACCCCAACCAACACCGCCUCACGAACGAUUCCGACCCCCGCGGCGGCUCCCAGCCUGUGUGGAACACGGCGUCAAACCUUAGGUCUCUAGCCUCAGCAAUAUCCUCAAAAACAUCCACAAACUACCCACCCGCCCGCCAUGCCUCCAAAAAAGGCCGAGAAGGGCAAGAAGCCCGAUGCCAAGAAGAUUAUCGAGGACAAGACUUUCGGCAUGAAGAACAAGAAGGGCGCCGUGGCAAAGAAGCAGAUCGCCGCCCUGCAGUCGUCCAUGAAGGCGAGCGGGAGUGCCGAGCAGAAACGGAAGGAGGCUGAGAAGGCCGCCCGCGAGCGCGAGAAGAAGGCCGCCGAGGAGGCCAAGCGGGAGGCCGAGAUGCUUCUCAACAAGCCUGUCCAGGUCCAGAAGGUGCCGUUCGGUGUCGAUCCCAAGACGGUCGUGUGCAUCUUCUACAAGAAGGGCAACUGCGAGAAGGGCAAGAAGUGCAAGUUUGCCCACGACCUCGAAGUGGAACGCAAGGUGGAAAAGAAGAACGUCUACCAGGACACGCGGGAGGACGAGGAGGAAAAGAAGAGGCAGGAAACCUCGGCCGACUGGGACGAGGAGAAGUUGCGGUCCGUUGUCUUGUCCAAGAAGGGCAACCAGCGCACAACAACCGACAAGGUGUGCAAGUACUUCCUCCAGGCCAUCGAGGACGGCAAAUACGGCUGGUUCUGGGUUUGCCCCAACAACGGCGAUAAGUGCAUGUACAGGCACGCUCUGCCUCCUGGGUUCGUGUUCAAGACGAAGGAACAGAGAGCGGCUGAGAAGGCUCUUUUGGAUAAGUCGCCGCUCAAGACACUGACACUCGAGGAAUUUCUCGAGUCCGAGAGGCACAAGCUCACCGGCAAACUCACGCCCGUGACGCCAGAGACGUUUGCCAAGUGGAAGCGGGAGCGUUUAGAUAAGAAGGCGGCAGAAGAGCAGCUGCGGAAGGCGAAGGAGGCAACCGGCCGUGCUCUGUUCGAGAGCGGGAACUGGAAGAUGGACGAGGACUCAGAUGCGGAAUCGGAUGACGGCGGUGCCUGGAACCUCGAGAAACUGCGGCAGGAGACGGAAGCGCUUAGAAUCAAGAGAGAAGAGGAACGGCUGGCUGCCAUGCACGGCAUUCCGCUCCCGAGCGGUGAGUCGAACGGAGAUACGAACGGUGGGAGCGAGCAGGAGACAGCAGAACCAGAGGCAGUCCCAAACACCUGAAGCGUAGCUGCGAAACGGGAACAACCAGAUCACGGACGUCGCGCGGCUGCGCGAGGACAGCGAGCCCACAGAGCGCUCCUCCUCGAUCGGCAUCCAGCAACGACGGCCACGCCGCGCAGGAUCUUCAAGCACACGGUCAAGAUGGACCUCAAGAGAGGGGUAUCAAGCCAUGCAAGAAAGUUGAUUCGCGGCAACGAAGGACGACAC